AUGAACAUUAUAAAUUUACAAAAUGCUGCCCAGCAAGAUAUCACUUUUGAACCUAAGGCAGAUACCAUCUCAGCAUCGCCUAUCCAGACUUUUAUCGACAGUUUACGUCAUCGCUUAAGCGUUUCAAGGCAGCCAAAAGCUCUAAAGCCAUUUUCUCCGGGAGAUAUCAAAAUCCUAUUACUAGAAAAUGUCAAUCAAAGUGCGACCAAUAUUUUUCAAGAGCAAGGUUAUCAAGUGGAAUCUUAUAAUGGAGCACUUACAGAGGAUUGCCUAAUUGAAAAAAUCAAAGAUGUACACGCAAUUGGAAUAAGAUCCAAGACAAAGUUAACAGCAAAAAUUCUAGAGCAUGCAAAAAAGUUAAUUGUUAUUGGUUGCUUCUGUAUUGGUACAAAUCAAGUUGAUAUCGACUAUGCUGCCAGUAUUGGGGUCGCAGUAUUCAAGUCACCAUUUUCCAACUCGAGAUCAGUCGCUGAAUUGGUCAUAGCAGAGAUCAUUACUCUUGCCAGACAAAUUGGAGAUCGAUCAAUCGAACUUCAUACGGGCACUUGGAACAAAGUUUCAAGCAGAUGCUGGGAAGUAAGAGGUAAAACUUUAGGUAUUAUAGGUUAUGGCCAUAUUGGAUCUCAAUUGUCUGUCCUUGCAGAGUCGUUGGGCAUGCAUGUCCUCUACUAUGAUAUUGUUACUAUUAUGCCAUUAGGAACUGCAAAACAAAUGUCUACUUUGAAUGAGCUGUUGAAUAAAGCUGACUUUGUAACAUGCCAUGUUCCAGCAACUCCAGAAACCAAAAACAUGCUAUCAGCACCACAAUUUUCAGCCAUGAAGGAUGGAGCAUAUGUCAUCAAUGCUUCAAGAGGCACUGUCGUAGAUAUUUCAUCAUUACUUACUGUCAUGAAGGCUGAGAAAGUUGCUGGCGCGGCGUUUGAUGUGUUUCCCAGUGAGCCAGCUAACAAUGCCUCGGGUGUUUACAAUGAUACCUUGAAUAACUGGACCUCAGAAUUAAUUUCUUUACCAAAUGUUAUUUUGACCCCUCAUAUAGGUGGCUCCACAGAAGAAGCACAAUGUGUCAUUGGAAAUGAAGUGGCACACAUGUUAAGCAAAUAUAUCAAUGAAGGAACCUCUGUCAGUUCGGUCAACCUGCCGGAAAUCAGUCUAAAAACAUUAGCGCUGGACAAAGAAAACACAGUUCGUAUAUUAUACAUUCAUAAGAACAUCCCGGGUGUAUUAAAGACAGUUAAUGAUAUUCUUGCCGAUCACAACAUUGACAAACAGUUUUCUGAUUCACGUGAUAAUAUCGCAUAUUUGAUGAUUGAUAUUUCUUCAGUUAGUCAAGAUGAAAUCAAGCAGCUUUACGACAGUUUGAACCAAACAAAUGCUAAAAUUUCAGUUAGAAUAUUAUACUAG